GAACGGGGCACUAUGGUUAAAUACAAUCCGACCGACGUUCUAAUCGUUCGCAGUUUUUGCUAUUUGUAAAUUAGAAUCCAUUCUACUAAUUAAAAGAACAAUUAUGCCCUCGUGUUAAGUAUUAUACGGUUUAAUCAAGAAAAGUGCAGGUGAAGUCUUAACCUUUUGUGGGUAUUUUCAUAAGUUAAUAAACCAGGCCACAAAGGCUUUAACUGAGUUUCGUUAUUCUUUAUUGUCGUCUUACCUUGGCCUGUAGAAUCGCAACCUAAAAGGAUCACCACCGGUGGACGAACAGCCUGUGUAUUAGGGUGCUGGAGGGUUCAUGGAACGAGAUGCUUCAUCGACGAUCAGAAUUUUCUUUGAAAUUUUUUGGAAAUUAUUUCGUUUCGCGCAAAGAAACGAUUAAUAACAUUACCGUGAUAAAAACGCGUUUUAUGGGCGUAAAGGAAGAUUCCUCUCGCAUCGUGAACAUCACUCAGGGGCAAUCUUUAUAGCUCCCUGCAGUAGAGUGGCGCCGACGGAGGCACGGCUUCUUUCGAGGUCGAGUAUUCCUCAAGGUUACUACGGUGUCGUCUAAUUACCUGCUAAUUUGCAACGGAUAUAAAAAAAAUGUCUCCGUUUUUUUAGCCGCGGAAAAUGAAGAACAAGAUUAUCACGGUACUCUCAUUUUCAGAUAUUUACGACCUCCCGACUUAUUUUAAACUCUGCCUUUAUAAUCUCGAGCUUCGAGAGGAGAACAGAGCGUCUCUUAGACAGGAUUCGUCGUAUUAUACUAGCAACGAGUUGUAACAAAAUGUAUUACGAUAUAAUCCAGUAACGAGUUAUAAAAGCAUGUUGCAGGAGGAGAUUACAACAAAAUUUAUUACGGCGGACUAUUGGAAAUCCCAGGGUCGGAAAUUCUGCGAUUUCUGCAAGUGUUGGAUCGCUGACAAUAAACCCAGCAUCGAUUUCCACGAAGGUGGCAAGAAACACAAGGAAAAUGUCAGCAAACGUCUUAAGGAGAUACACAAGAAUAGCACGAAGCAGGCGAAACAGAAUAAAAAGAUCGAGGAGGACAUUAAAAAGAUGGAAAGCGCAGCCAUGGCAGCUUACCUGAAAGACGUCGAAAACAACACCAGAGACAUGACUGCUGACAGAAUUAUCGAGGAGAAGAAGAACAGGGUAGAGAAGAAAGAAACGCCAAACUACAAUCGCAUGCCUCCAGCCGCUCCAGAAACUAAUCCUAGGUUCAAAGGUAGAAGUCAACAGUUUUCUCAGGAGAUCGAUCCGUGCGAUCCAACUUUAUCGCGAAACACCGUGGAGCAUCAUCCGAGAACCCAACACAGGCCCGAGAACAAGGCUCCGGGAAAGAGCAAAACGAACAAAGGGAAGGGAAAGGGGAAGAAAGCUCACGAGGACGAUCGUCCCGCGAAACCUGUGCAAAAACUUUGGUACGAGGCACGCAGUCCCGAAGGAUACACUUACUAUUGGCACAUCGAAACCAACGAGUCCGUUUGGGAGCCACCAACCGAGGGAUACAUGACGUUCGCGGAACAAGAAGAGGAAGCGAAGGAGCAGGCUCUUCAGGAGACGUUGCUCGAACAGCUCGAACAGGAAGAAGCUGUCGCGAAGGCAGAGAUUCUCGAAGAGAAGCGAGCCAACGCUGAAAGGGAGCAUUUGAAGCAACUGAGGAAGCUCAAAGACAUCCAACGGGUCCAGAACGACAAAGCUGACGAGCAAGUGGAAACCACCGAAGAGGAAAGUCGACCAUACAGAAGAGACUACAGUAUCCCCGAGAAAUCUCAUCCCUAUGGUCCUUGGCAGACUGUGCGAAUCACUGAAACGAAACCGGUGGACUUGCAGCUACCCCAACACAAGCAACCGCAACUUCCUGUAUUCGGGAAAGCGGAGGCGCCUCCCGUGCAAAGAACGUUCAAAGAAAAAAUACUGACUCAAGUAGACACAGGCGACAGCGACGAGGACAGUCGACCAACCACGUUCAAGAAACGAAAAAUUGGCAACAAAAACGUACGGAAACGAAUAAACGAUGACUGAUAGCCCAACGGACGCGACUCUUCGUCGCGAUUAUUCCAAUCUAUUCAGGAAAUGAUACGCACGAAACAUUACGCUACGUCCAUUUUAUCAAACGACGUAUCGUUCAAUCGUUUCUGCCAGUUACAUGGUCAAUCGAUCAGUAUAAAUGCCCCAAGGAUCGUUGCGAUCCCUUUUCAAUGUAACUAUAACGAUGAACAUACUGUACAUCGCACUUAAAAUGCGAUCACGCAUAAGUAUGUGUGUACAUACAAGGUAUAUAAAGCAACAACACGAAUAGAAUUUCUGCUCCAUUUCAACUCCAUUUCGAACGUCAAACCACCCGAGUGUUCACGAAUCCACAUCCAUAUUCC